UUCCGAGUUUGGUGCACCAACAUAGGCGCAGACAAACUACUCUCCCCACCUGCUCUCGUUUGAUCUAGUGGAAGAUCUAUGGUUGUUCUACCCAUCUCUCAUGACAGGGGAAACGGAAUAGACUCGAAGAGUACUACUGCAUGCUGCGAGCACCAAACCUAAAGAAGAUCCUACACAUUUUCCUAACAAUCUCAUCUGAAUCAACCAAACAUCUCCCACCUUAAUUCACCUUUCUUCACCCCCCUCACAUCUGAUCCUUGAAGCCGAGCAAGUAAUACCGCCAUGAAUCACGAGGACUCCACCAUCAGCGUAGACGCUGCCAUCGCACUCGUUGGCGUCGUUCUCCUUGCUCUCAGCGUCGUCCUCUACGUAAUCUGCAAGAAGAGGUGCGCCGUAGACCCUGACGACACUAGCACCGUGGCAAUUCUCCCCGCCCACUCUCACCAGCUGAGCGACGUCGAGUCUGCCACCGACGGAUUCCACGGCUCCCGUGUCGUCGGCCAGGGCCGUCUCGGCACCGUCUACAAGGCCACCUCCGCCACCGGGGAUACCUACACCGUGAAGCGCAUCCACCACCAUUUAGUCCUCGGUAACCCGGGCGUGAGCUUCUCUUCCCGGAUGAAGUCGCUCUCGUACGCCAACCACCCCAACCUAGUCCCCAUCUUGGGCUUCUCCGAGGCACCCGGCGAGAGGCUCAUCAUCUCCGAAUUCGUCGGCAACACGAAGAGCCUGGACUACCAUCUGCACCAGAGCUACCUCGAGGACUGUCGUCGGCCGUCAUCCGGGCUCUUGAGUUGGGAUAUCCGGAUAAGGGUCGCGGCGGGGACGGCGCGCGGGAUCGAGCACCUGCACGACGGGAGCGUGCCAGGAAUCGUGCACGGGUGCAUCAAACCCAGCAACAUCAUGCUCGACAUGGACUUUUGCGCCAGGAUCUGCGACUACGGGCUGAGCUUCUUGGUGGAGCCGGGUGACAGGAGGGAGAUGGUCGGGUACAGAGACGGGGAAGGCGGCGGGGCGUGCAAGGAGAACGACGUGUACGGUUUGGGAGUGGUUUUGCUGGAGCUGUUGAGCGGGAGGAGGUGCGACGGGGGGAAGCUGGUGGAGUGGGCUCUGCCUUUGAUCAGGGAGUGCAGAGUCCAGGAGAUUCUCGACGGGAGAAUGGGGCUGCCGAUGGACCUGACGCCACUGACGAGGAUGGCGAAGGUGGCGUCGGCGUGCGUCGGCAAUGGGCGGAAGACCCGGCCGUCCAUCGCUCAUGUGGCAGCCAUUUUGAGCAGCUUGGAGGCACAACCUUGACAAGCUUCCAAAGCUGUAUAUGUAUGAUCUCUAUAGAAGACAUUUGUGCUUGGUGCAAUUAGAUUGGUUUCAUCAUGGGAUUGGAUGUCCAACUGGGGUCGCAAGCACUUUACAAUAUGAAGAGAAACGAUUUAGGAGAAGCUGAAUACCUUACAAACAAUUACAGAUUGCAAGUAGAGUAGUUGUUUUAGAUGACAUGUUAAAGUUCCUCAUCAUCAAAGAUGACCAAAACCUCUGCAGGCGACUCCAGAGGAAACUGGAAUAGCUCUGCAGGUUGCAU